CACUUCUGACCAAAUAUCCUAAUGGCGGUUGCUCUCAGAGUGAAAUUCAAGUUUUAACCUAUGUCGAAGUGUCUAUUUCCAAAGGUUGGACCGGUGCAAUGACUUCCGAUUCACGCAAUUGCUAAUCGCUUAACCAUUACCUCGAAUUGUGCCCUUACUUUUCGCCCUUGUUUUCCUCGUCGACUCAAGAACGUACAACAAUGUCACAAGUAACAUCAGAAGACUUGAGAUCAGAACUCGAAAUGUUCUGCAUAGCUUGUAAAGAUGACUCCGCCUUGGACAAAAUGGUAGAGCAAUGCGUUUGCUACAGGAUCCAAGCAGAUGAGUGGGUUUUGGAGUGGGUUGCAUACAGCACUACUAAAAAUGGACUGUUGCUUUGUGUGGACACCCUGGAACAAUUUGAACACGAGGUGUUAAACAAGAAGAUUAAAUCCAAACAAAGCUUCAAGAGAGAAGAGCGAAACAGACCUAGAGACAUUAACACAAUACAGGACAUAAUAAAAGCUGAAGAAGAAGAGGAUAAUCUACUGGACUGCUACUCUACUCCUGCUAAGGGCUCCCAGAAACGAACGCUAACCACUCCAGAAAAUCCUCAUUCAAAGAGGAGCUCAACCUUGUUGGCCAGUCCCGGUGUCCUGCUAUCUCCUUCGUCCUUUUCUCCCAGUGCCACUCCCUCACAGAAGUACAGCCAACGUGGAGGGAAAGGAGAGGUGGUGGUCUCAUUUGGGGCUGUGCAAGGUCCACGUUGGGCUGGCAGGAGGGCUUCUGAUGCAGCGGUGCAGCUGGAGCUGCUGGAAGGGCCGGAGGAUUCCCUCCGUUGCAGCUACAAGUACAUGUUCCAGAGACUGCGUGAUAUCCGGAAUGUGUUGACUGAGAAGAUUGAGGAUCUGGGAGAAGAACUCAGGUCUCACUUCAACAUUGAAGACUUUUCUCCAGUCUCACUGCCAGCACAGGACCGUAUUUCAGUUUUGGGUCAGGUGUGCUGUGACAGUAAUGGCAAAUUGAACGCACAGUCUGUUUUGUUGGAAGCGGGACAAGAGCAAGGUGGUCAGCAAGUACGUGUGGACCUGUCAGAGCUCCAGGAGUAUUCCCUGUUUCCUGGCCAGGUGGUGGCAAUGGAAGGAAUGAACACAACAGGAGGGAAACUGGUGGUUUCUAAACUCUAUGAGGGAGUCCCACUUCCCUUCUACUCAUCAGCAGGGAAAAUGGAGCCGGCUGAAGAGCCCGUCAGUGUGCUUGUGGCUUGUGGACCUUACACACCUUCUGACAGCCUGAACUUUGAACCUCUCCUGGACCUGAUCCAUGUUAUUGGAAGGGAUCGCCCUGACAUCUGCAUACUUCUGGGCCCUUUUGUUGACUCUAAACACGAACAAAUUGAGAAAUCCCAGGUGACUGAGCCUUUUGAAGCCAUUUUCUCGAGAUGCAUCGAAAGCAUCGUGGAAGGCACAAAAUCUGUCGGCUGUCGCCUGGUGUUUGUUCCCUCCCGGAGAGACGUCCACCAUCAUUACAUCUACCCACAGCCACCCUUCACCAUGCCCAACCUCAGCAAGAACCCUCGCGUGACCCUCGUUCCUGAUCCUUGCACCUUGCUGAUUGAGGGUGUGACCUUUGGCUUGACCUCCACUGACAUUCUGUUUCACUUGGGUGCGGAGGAGAUCAGCUUUGGCGCUGGACCGGACAGAUUUUCUCGCAUUCUGAAGCACAUAUUGACACAGAGAAGUUACUACCCGCUGUACCCACCUGUUGAGGAUGUGAACAUGGACUAUGAGAAAUUCCAGCGUUUCGGUCAGAUGCCACUCACACCGGACGUUCUCCUCAUUCCAUCUGAGCUGCGCUACUUUGUUAAGGAUGUCAUUGGCUGUGUAUGUGUCAAUCCCGGACGCCUGACCAAAGGCCAUGUGGGCGGGACCUAUGGAAGGGUGCUUAUUCAACGCCCCGCCUCAUCAGAUGACGACAACAAACGAGUCAGCCGCUGCUUGGCGGCUCAGGUGGUGAAAAUUUAACUGAAAUAAGGACUAAUAAUACAAAUGUAAGCCUGUUUCAAACCAACCAGCUGGCCCUCUGAAAACCAUUCAACUGAUUUUUUUUUCCCCAUAAAGUAACAGGGUAGUGUGAUCAUCUUUUGACAGACUGUGCUGUUCUGACCAUCCAGCAGCAAUAAAUCGAAAAUGUUACCUGUAUGAGAGUUUUUGUGUAUAAAGUUUAUACUCAAUGACUGCAACAUUAGGUUACACGUACAACAUGUGCGAGAAUUCUGCCUAAAUGUCACCGAUUUAUAUUUGCUCUUUUAGUCUGUGAGGGGUGUCAAGUUGUUCAGCAGUGGAUACUACAAU